AUGCUGCUGGAAAUCGAAUUGGGGACGGCUAUAGAAGUGAAAAUGCAGGAAUACCCUGAGUGUUUUGAGAUUGAUAGGAGUCCAAUUCUUGAUGCUGAACUUUAUACGGCCCUACAGCCACUUGGAGGUCCCUUCAUAAUGGAGGAUACGCAUCGUCUACUCAAUGAUGUAAUAGGCCAUUGCUUGCGGCUAGCAAUUCUAAAACCGUACAUUACUGAGGUUUUUGGUUUAGGCAAGACGAUAUACAAAUAUAUCAUUGCUCCUCUGGAGGAGCUUAUCAUCGGAAGCUACGCCGAGGCGGACCUAGAUAAUGUGAUGGUUAGCCGACCUACACUUGAAUUGAAUCCAUUAGCAUCGCCAGGGACUUUUCUUACCUCCACGAGAGGUAUUUCCAGGAGUCUAGAGAAUGACACGAUUCAGGGAUUGUCUAAGCUUAUUCUCGAAGAACAAAUGGAUUUCCAGCCGAAUCAUUUAGAGUUGCACAGAGAGAAUUCGUAUCUCGGUGCAAUUAACAGACUUGAUAGUCAACAUCGUUCAAGAAUUUUGUCUGACGAAUCUUCAGCUCCGAUUACCAAUCGCCACGAAGAAUACACUGUAGGGCUAAUUCGUGCCUUGCCUAUAGAGAUGGCUGCAUGCAUAGCAAUGCUUGAUGAAGUACACUUUGAAAUAUCUACAAGAUCAAAAGACCAAAAUAGCUACACGUUGGGAAGAAUUGGCUCCCAUAACGUGGUAAUAGCCGGUCUACAUACAGGGUUUACGGAACUACUUCGGCAACAGGAGUUGCUUUGGAUAUGA